GCAGCGGCGGCGCGGCACGGCACGGCACGGCACGGCUCGGCUCGGCUCGGCUCGGCUCGGCUCGGCUGCGGGAAGCGGCGCCUCGCAGAGGGACCAGGAGCAAAGGGGAAAGACUAAAUCAUGUCAGAGUUCUGGCUCAUUUCUGCUCCAGGAGACAAAACAAAUCUGCAGGCCUGGGAGAGAAUGAACACAGUGACAUCUAAAUCCAAUCUGUCCAGCAACAGCAAAUUCCAUAUUCCAGACUUAAAGGUUGGGACACUGGAUGCUCUUGUUGGACUCUCAGAUGAGUUGGGAAAACUUGAUAGCUUUGCUGAAAGCGUAAUAAAGAAAAUGGCCCAGUACAUAGGAGAAGUUAUGGAGGACUCAAAAGACAAAGUCCAGGAAAAUCUUCUGGCCAAUGGAGUUGACCUAAUUAGCUAUCUGACCCAGUUUGAGUGGGACAUGGCCAAAUAUCCCAUAAAGCAGCCACUGAAGAAUAUAUCAGAAGCAUUAGCAAAGCAAAUCACUCAGAUAGAAACAGACCUGAAGACCCGCGCAGCUGCAUACAACAACAUUAAAGGAAAUUUGCAAAGCCUGGAAAAAAAAACUAUUGGGAGCAAUCAUAGAUACUCACUCAGGCCUUCCCAAAGGUUUUCUCUCUUCUCUUCAGUUGCUGAUGCUCUUUACCUCUGUCAGUGCUGUUAUGUGGAUUUUCUCCAGGGUCACACAGUACCCGCAUGUGAGGCUGCUGCUCCCACUGUCCUCAACUGGAGGGGAAAUCUACUGACCCGGACCCUAGCAGACAUUGUGCACAAAGACGACUUUGUUCUGAAUUCUGAGUAUCUUAUCACACUCCUAGUCGUAGUGCCAAAGUCAAGCUACAUGCAGUGGCAGAAAACCUAUGAGUCCCUCUCUGAUAUGGUAGUGCCUCGCUCCACAAAAAUGAUUGCUGAAGAUGCAGAGGGAGGACUCUUCACAGUGACCCUAUUUAGAAAAGUGAUGGAUGACUUCAAGGCUAAAGCCAGAGAGAACAGGUUCAUGGUUCGAGAAUUUUAUUUUGAUGAGAAAGAAUUGAAAUGUGAAAAAGAAGAGCUAAUGAAAUUAGCUUCUGAUAAGAAGCAACAGUACGGCCCAUUACUGCGCUGGCUGAAAGUGAACUUCAGUGAAGCAUUCGUGGCUUGGAUUCAUGUGAAAGCCUUGAGAGUUUUUGUUGAAUCCGUCCUGAGGUAUGGCCUCCCAGUAAAUUUCCAGGCAAUGUUGCUGCAGCCAAACAGGAAGUCUGUAAAACGCCUGAGAGAUGUCCUAAAUGUGGUCUUCAAACACCUGGAUGAAGUAGCAGCAGCAAGUAUCAUGGAUCCUGGCAUGGACAUCCCUGGCUUACAACUGAGUAACCAAGAAUACUAUCCUUAUGUCUAUUUCAAGAUUGACUUCAGUCUUCUUGAUUGCAGCUAGAGAGAGAAUUGCUCAAACCUAAUUAAACAUUUCCAAGAAACUUCUGUUACUUGAAUAAAUAAAUCAAAAUGCAGGUAUCUCAGUAGCAGGAUGAUAGUGUAAAGAUUUUCCUAACACCUCCAAUAAUUUAAAAUGACUUCACUAUAACUGCCUCUGGUUCGCGGUUUUCAGAAAACAUUUCAGAAUCAAGUAGUAUUAUGGCAGUAUUUAUUCACUUUGUUUUUUUUCCCGGAGGAGGCAGGGAAUGAAAGAGAACCUUUAGUGGACUUGAAAUAAAAUGAAUUUUAAAAAC